AUGACAAGGCGAGCAAAUUUGAUAGAUUACCAAUGGACUUACGAUGUCUUCCUCAAUUUUAGAGGCGAAGAUACUCGUUAUGGUUUCACAGGAACUUUAUAUAAAGAACUCAAUCGAAAGGGGGUUCGCACCUUCUUUGAUGACAAGGAAAUAAGAAUAGGAGAUGAAAUUACACCAACGCUUCUCAAAGCAAUUCAGGAAUCUAGAAUGGCCAUUAUUGUAUUUUCUAAGCAGUAUGCUUCCUCAACAUUUUGCCUAAAUGAACUAGUCCAAAUCCAUCAAUGUAUCAAGGAAAAUGGUCAACUAGUUUGGCCAAUUUUUUAUGAUGUGGAGCCUUCUGAAGUACGACAUCAAAGAAGGAAAUAUGGAGAAGCACUAGUUACACAUGAACAAAACUCAAAGGCUGAUGAAGAAAAGAUGAAAAGUUGGAAGCACGCACUACGUGAAGUAGCUAACCUUAAAGGCUUAUCAUAUGAUCCAAGGAAAGAUUAUGAACAUGUACUAGUUGAAGAUGUUGUGAACCAGAUCUUUAGGAUAAUCAGCAGGGUCCCCCUUGAUGUUGCCGAAUAUCCAGUUGGUUUGAAUUUUCGUGUGGAAAAAAUAAAUUCUCUAUUGAAACUUGGGUCAAAUGAUGAGGUCAUCAUGAUAGGAAUUUAUGGAACCGGUGGAAUGGGUAAAACAACAAUAGCACGUGCUGUGUGUAAUGCCAUUGCUGAUAAUUUUGAUUACUUGUGCUUUCUCGAUGAUAUCGGAGGAGGAUCUAGAAAACAUGGCCUAGAACAAGAGCAAGCCAGAAUGCUUUCAAAAAUUUUAGGGGAGAAAAUAGAAAUUGAAGAGAUUAAUCAAGGAGUUGAGCUAAUAAAACGAACACUCAAAGAUAAGAAAGUUCUUUUGAUUCUUGAUAAUGUGGAUGAACAAAAGCAAUUAAAAAAGUUAGCUGGGACAUGUGAUUGGUUUGGUUUGGGGAGUAGGAUCAUUAUAACAACAAGGGAUUUACAAUUACUCAAGAGUCAUGGGGUUGGAAGAAUAUAUGAGAUGGAGGGAUUAAAUUAUGAAGAAUCUCUUGAAUUGUUAAGUUGGAAGGCCUUUAAAAGUAUGCAAGUUGAUGAUCCAAGAUAUCGGGAAGUUGUGAAUCAAGUGAUAAGUUAUGUCAACGGUCUUCCCUUAGCCCUUGAAUUAAUAGGCGCUGACUUGUAUGGUAAGAAGUUAAGGGAGUGGGAAUCUAUGUUAGAUGGAUGUAAAAGAAUCCCUCAUGAUAAGAUUCAGCAAAUAUUAAGAGUAAGCUACGACGGCUUACAACAACUUGAAAAAUAA